GACUACGAUCUCUAUGAAGUAGUCGAUGUUUAUUUGUUAGUAAACCUAAAUACAGGACCGUAUUGGAUAAAUCUAGUGAAAUGGCACCUCAGAAUCAUGUUGAAAACCCUGAUAUUCUCCUUGAAGAAGACUGUAUAUGGGUGUUUGGCUACGGAUCAUUGGUAUGGAAACCAGACUUCAAAUACACAAUGAAGCAGAUAGGUUGCUUGAAAGGUUUCGUCCGAAGAUUUUGGCAAGGGAGUGUCACACACAGAGGAUAUCCUGGUGCACCAGGAAGAGUAGCAACACUCAUAGAAAAGGAAAAGGGAUUGACAUGGGGUGUGGCAUUUAAAAUUGAAGGCGAAAAGCAAAUACAAGAAGCCCUUGAAAAGUUAAACUGCAGAGAGUGCGUUCUUGGGGGCUAUAUUGUUCAAAUGAUAGACUUUUUCCCAAACGACGGGACAGCACCCUUCAAGUCUCUCGUAUUCAGAGCGACACCCAACAAUGACCUUUACCUGGGUGAGGCUACUGAGGCGGAAAUUGCUCAACAGGUCGUCACUUCUCAUGGAUUCAGCGGCCCAAAUUCAGAGUAUGUGACUCGUUUGGCCGAGUUUAUGGAAACAGAGCUCCCAGAAGUAGAGGACUGUCACCUGUACCAGAUCACUGCACAUGUGCGGAUGGGCAUUAAGAAAAACAAUCUCGUAUCAAGCAUGAAUAUAGACUGCCAGUGUUCUCCAAUAAGUACAGUAUUAACACCAGUAAUUAGCAAGUGGAUGAUAACUAAAGAGUAUGGAAAUGUGAGCACUGAGGGAAGUGCUGCUAAGGCUAGUUAAUGUGCAUGCUACCAAAGUGAACUAUAUUUUUUUUUGGUUGCAAAGUUUGUGGAUUUUUAUUUAAUAAAGCAUCCGUUUAAGGAUGGACAAAUUUGAGUAAGAAGCGCACUCGCUUCAUUGAGUGUAGAGUCUGAAAUGAGCAUUACACUAUUCCUGCCUCCAAAACAACCCAACAUAUUGGGCAGAAUUUUAAGUGACACUGACAUUUGUUUCCUAUAGUUAUGGACUAAAUCAGUGCAAUAAAGCUAACAUAACCUAUAAAGGCAACUUUCCGUUGCCAUAGCAGUUAUACUCAUUGUUAGACUGAAGCCUAAAGUUACCAUUGAAUCUCUAUCUGUAUAUCUUGGUGCUUGAAGAAUUAUAUUUUAUUAAUAACCGUGAUAAUCUGCACAUAUGCAGAAAUGUUGAAGUGCUACCUCAUAAUUAAGUUCUUCUACUUUUACAAAAUAUUCGGAAUGAUAUCAUAUAGCAUGUACAAAAUAUUCGGUAAUACCAAGUUGGUACUCGUACAGUAAUAAUCUGUAUUUAUAUAAAAAUGAACAGUAAAUAUAUGGAUUUAAAUAUUAUGAUUAUAUAUAAUACAUGGAAUUAUUUUAACCUCUAAGGUGCUACCGAAAUCUAUCACUUGCCAGUAAAAGUGGCCAGUAAAAGUGAACAUAUCCUCCAGCAUUAUAAUUGUGAAAAUAAGAUUGUAUGCAUUUUUUAGUAUUAUUACAUUAAUCGAUUUAUGCUGAUGUACUAUAUAAACUACUAGACAAUGCAAUAAAAGUCUUAAUUUUAUUUAUCAA